AUGUCGCCGCGCCGCCGGGGAUCUUCGGGCUACCGCAGCGUCUGCCAGCGCCCCUCCGGCGCCUUCUACGCUGAGAUUCGGUCCGGCGCCGUCCGCCUCGCCCUCGGCACGUUCGAGACCCCGCACGAGGCCGCCCCGCGCGCGCAGUCCGUCGCCCCUCCGCCUCGUCUUAUAACAUACCAGGACCGUGAGGAAUACCACAGACGCCGGCGCCGCCUCCUCAUCACAAAGGCGGACGAGCGAGCCAUGGCGGAGUGGUGCCAGCGAUACCAGCAGGACGUCACCGACGAGAACGCCUUCUGGAUGGAGAGGACGGCAAGGCACCGUGCGGAGCGGGCGGAGAGGCGUCGGCGGAAGGCACUCGCGGAGGCGCAGUGCGAUCUAUUUAACGCAGGUGGGGAGUUGUUCUUCGACUCAGACGAUCCUCAUUGGGAAGACGCAUGGCUCGAUACCUCGGACGACACCAGCAAGAAUGAUGAUGAGGACGACUUGAAGUAG